ACCCACCAGCAAGCCGAGCAAGUACUCUUCCUCUCUCUUUUCUCUCUCAGACUUCUACAUUCCAAAGCCGAUCUGUGAAAUUAGGGCAGGAAUGGUUAACUAUUCUGCGAUUGCGGCUUCGGUGGCCAUCGGACUGGUAAGCUGGUUCUAUGCAGCGAUAAAGCCGCCGAAGCCCAGCCUAUGCGGAUCGGAGGGAGGGCCGCCGGUAACGGCAACGAGGAUCAGAUUAAGGGAUGGACGUCACUUGGCCUACAAGGAGUGGGGAGUGCCCAAGAACAAGGCCCGUUUCAAGAUCAUCUUCUGCCAUGGCUUCUCAGGCUCCCGUCUUGACGGGAUCCGAGCCUCCCCUGAAUCAAUGGAAGAGCUGGGUGUGUACUUGGUGAGCUUUGAUAGACCUGGCUAUGGCGAGAGUGAUCCAAACCCGAGACGAUCACUGAAGAGCACCGCAUUGGACAUUGAAGAGCUCUCAGAUGCCCUCGAGCUGGGUUCUAAAUUCUUCCUCAUCAGCCUCUCCAUUGGAGGCUGUGGUGCUUGGGCUUCCAUCAAAUACAUCCCUGAAAGGAUCGCCGGGGUGGCACUUCUUACUCCAGUGAUUAACUACCACUGGCCCAGUUUUCCAAAGAAAUUAUCCCAAGAAGCUUACGAGCAGCAGCAUGUAGGAGAUCAGUGGUCGCUUAGAAUCUGCUACUAUGCUCCCUGGCUACUUCACUGGUGGAUGAGUCAGUCUUGGCUUCCCAGCUCCACCGUCGUCAAGGGUACAACCCACCUCCCUAACCACCGUGAUGCUGAGUAUCGAGAAUUUUCCUUCUCUAGUGGAAUUCGUGAUGAGAGGAGGAAGGUGGCAACCCAGCAAGGCAUUCAGGAGUCCUAUUACAGGGAUAUGAUGGUGAUGUUAGGCAAGUGGGAGUUCGAUCCGAUGGAUAUCCAGAAAACACCUUUUCCUGUACAUCUAUGGCAAGGCGACGAGGACGGGGUCGUGCCGGUUUCUCUCCAGCGUUAUCUCUGCCAACGUCUUCCCUGGAUACAAUAUCAUGAACUCCCAAUGACUGGACAUUACCUUCUUAUUGAUCCUGGAUUUGGUGAUCUUGUUCUUAGAACUCUUCUAGUUGAAUAUUCACUGUGAAAGAACUAGAAGAUUAUUAUUCUUUUCCAUGAUGUUAAAAGUGUUGAUGGUAAAAAAAUUGAAUGUUAAAUGACAAAUGAGUGUGAAACUUUACCAAUUUGAAUUUGAUCAACCUAAAAGAUUGUUUUUCUUUUC